GUCGCUGGAUAACACGGUCCUGGUCUACGACAUGCGGAUGCGGGACCAGGAUCCGGAGGUGUGGGAGGGCCAUACGGACAGUAUCACGGGCCUGGACGUUUCCAAGGACGGCAACUUCCUGGCAACGAACUCCAUGGACAACACAGUGCGCAUCUGGGAUGUGCGGCCCUUCGCCGGCACUAGGAACAGAUGCCUCCGAAUUCUGCGAGGUGCGACGCACAACUUCGAGAAGAACCUCCUUCGAGUGCGAUGGUCCGAGAAGGAUGCGCUCCUGGCCGCCGGCUCUGCGUGCCAGAACGUGAACAUCUGGGACAUGAAGAUGCUGCAGCUGGCGUACAGGCAAGAGCACGCCUUUGCCAUCCAAGUGGCUGGUUUGCAAAACGUCGAUUUCAUCGGAUUCGCGAUCCGAGCUUAG